ACAAAGAGCAGUUGUAAAGAAAGACGAGAGCAAAAGGGAGAGGGAGGAAAAACAGAGAGGAAGAGGGGCGUCCAAGGAGUAAGAUGUCAGCAUGAGUCGGCAACUCAACACUUCACCGGAAAGAGGCAAUGAUAGAUAGAAAGACAGACAGACAGAUAGAUAAAUAGAUAGAAAGAUAGAUAGGUAGAUAGCGGUGGCACCCAUCCACUGGUCACUGGAUGUCAGCGGCACAAGAGAAAAGAAGAAAAAGAGGAGAAACAUGAGUCGUCAACAGCAGGAGUCCCAGGGAGUGGUUUUAACGGGUUACCAUAGCAACGCCGAACUGUUGCCGAAAAACGGAAUAUGCGCGCCGUGCUCCACAGCCCAAGAUCCCGAGCCCCUGCUGAGCCGCAGAACAGGCCACUACAGUGUGCAGCAGACCCAGAACGCACAACACGGAGACAAACAUGGGUCUGUCAACACGAGCGCCAAAAGCACCAGCGCCAAAAGCACCAGCACCGACCCGCUGUCUGUCCCCAACCUAGCCUCCACCCCCUGCUCCAGGCCUCAGCCCAGCACCAGCCCCAGGCAGAGACCGCGGCCCGCAUGUCAGCGCUGCAACUCCCAGGACUCUCUGGAUGAGCUGGCGAUGGACGACUACUGGAAGGAGGUGGAGAAUAUCACUCGCUCGGGGGGAGCGGCGGGAAGGGCAGACGGCGGAGGAGAGGGGGAAGCGCAGGAGGAGGAGCAGCAGAAAAUUCCUGAAGAGGGAGAGCAGGAGGAGGCGUGGCUGACAGAGGCGGGACUAGCAAGGCUGUUUGAUGAUUCAUUGGCAGCUGAUCAGGAUCCGGAGGAAGACAGCGCCGUCUUCCUGUCUACUCUGACUAGAACUCAAGCAGCAGCCGUAGAACGUCGUGUCCAGCAGACGUUGCUACGGCGACGCAACCGACAACACGUCCCCGAUGUACGGGAUAUAUUCAGACCAUCUGAAAAGGACGAGGAGCCUAAUAAACUCAAAGGGGGAAGUGAGAAUGGACAAGACGUGACUCCGGCUGAAACAGAGACGGAGCUGAAUGUUGAAGUGUCAUUUUCGGAGCAGGCCCUCAGUUACAGGGACCGCCAUCAAAAGUUAAAGGUCACCAGUAGCGCCAACACUCCCCACUCACCUGAUGACAAGCUUCCGAACUUCAAGUUGCUUCGUGAUAAAACAGGUCAGACCAGGAUAGGAGAUCUGUCCCUGCUGGAUAUGAAAAAGGUGCGUAGGCUAGCGCUUGUGGAGAUGACUGCUCUGUUUGACACUGCUGGCAUAGACCUCAAAGCUCACAAAGCUGUCAAAGUAAAGACUAAAGAAAGUGGCCUAUUUGGUGUCCCCCUUGCCACUCUGUUGGAACAGGACCAAAGGCGGGCUCCUGGGACCAAAGUGCCAUUCAUACUGCAGAGACUUAUCAAUCAUAUUGAGGAGGAAGGAUUGGGCACAGAAGGGUUGCUACGGAUCCCUGGAGCUGCAACCAGAGUCAAGUCAGUGUGCCAGGAGCUUGAGUCUUCUUUCUACGAUGGCCUGUUUCCAUGGCAACAGCUGAAACAGCAUGAUGCUGCUAGCCUUCUGAAGCUGUUCAUCAGGGAGUUACCACAUCCACUGCUGACUGUGGAGUAUCUCAACGCUUUUAUUGCCGUCAACAAGCUCCCCACAAAGAAGCAACAGCUCCAGGCCCUGAACCUGCUGGUGCUGCUGUUACCUGAAGCUAAUCGGGAUACUCUGAAGGCAUUAGUGGAGUUUUUCCAGUGUGUGAUCGACCAUCAGGCUCAGAACAAGAUGACUCUUAACAAUGUCUCUGUUGUCAUGGCACCCAAUAUCUUCAUGUUCAAAGGCUUCCGCUCUAAGGUUACAGAACAACAGGAGUUCUCCAUGGCAACGGGCACAGCCAACAUCGUCAGGCUGCUGAUUAGAUACCAAAAUCUCCUAUGGACAAUCCCCAAGUUCAUCCUGACCCAGGUCAGACAGCAGAACAUGGAGAGUCAGCGGAAACAAAACAAAGAGAAAGCUGUAAAAAAGCUUCUGAAGAAGAUUACCACGGACAAACCAUCUGACAAGCCUGUUUCUGAGAACCAGGAGAGCUUGCAUGGCUUUAUCCGUGUUCAGGCGCCUCAGUUCAGUAAAGUGUCUAUGGCAGUGCAGCUUACUGAAGAGCUACAGGCUGCUGAUGUAUUAACGCGAUUCCUCAGCCAGGACGGUUCAGUGGCAGUGAAGAGAGAAGAGCUGUGCCUCUAUGAGAUCGGUGGAAACAUUAAGGAGAGAUGUCUAGACGAGGAGACGUACAUGAAAGAUCUCCUCCAGCUGAACCCUACAGCAGAAUGGGUCAUCAAAGCUGUACAACGAUAAGCUAGUUCCUGGUCAGAUGACUCCUCUUCCCUCGCCCAGUUGGACGCUGGCCGCUCCACACUCCCACCACGUCUCACUGCCCAGAGAGGUCACGUGCUGCUCUCUGGUGUUUCCUGAUUCUGGGAUUACUGUGACCAUUCACAAAGCAUUCUGAACCCAGCAUGGGUGGUGUUUCAAAUGGUUCCACACAUUGAAUUGGGCCUGAAAUCUGCCAAAAAAGAAAUGCAAAUAGUCAAAUAGCACUUUUAAAACUGUUGGUGAAGCCCUAGUUGUCAGACAAGUUAAAAAGGAAAUUAUGGCACAUGUGACUUUGGAUUGAGCCUCAACAUUUGAUUUGGACCUUUCUGAACCAAACUGAGACGCUGCAUAUUAAUAGUAAAGAUGAUAAUAGUUUUUGUGACAAUUACAAGCACAGAAAAGUGUUCCUGCAUUGUUCUGAAGGCACAAUGUCGUUGUCCCUUCUCCAAAAAGUGUUGCCUGCAAUCGAACUCUGACUUGCAGCAGUGGCCAGAGCAAAGAUAUGGUGCUCGACGUGGCUGCAACUGAUGGCAAUGCAUAUCUAUAUAGUAGAUAAUUAACAUUAGAAUCUUUCAGUAAACUGACAUAGACCACUUUUAAGUUUUACACCAGUUAGCUGACAAUAGCUGACAAACUAUUGAAAUUAUUGGAUUUACUGCAGAUAACUGCAGAACUCUCUACACUUGAUGACAGAUGACCUUGUAUUGGGUGGUGAGUCUACUGGCUAUUUCUUUCCACAGGAAUUUACAAGGUCUCAUUUUAAAAAUUUACCAUUAAUGUGGUCACAAACAUGAGGUCCAGAAAUACUGUAUUUUUGCACUUUGCGUUAUGCUACACACCAGCAUUUUGUGACUGUGCUCUCAUACCACUAGCACGAAGCAGAGGACAGAUGUGCAAGCCACUUGUUUGAGAGCCUAUCACUUGAGUGUCCAGUAUUCCCAGUGCUUGUCGCAGUGCUUGAGCCAUAAUAUUUAUUCUCAGUCAUCUGCGAUAACUUUACUAUUAUGAUUUAUUGCAAACAACCAGUGUCUAAUUGCAUUUGUCCACGCUGACAUACUGAAAUAAUAUUGUUUAAGGCUACAAAAUGUCAAAAUCAGUUAUGCAGUUGCCUUACAGAAAUAAAUUCAGGGUCCAUCUGUCACUCAAGCACUCUUAUCUCUUGUUAUUUUCCUGUAAAAUAAUUGAAAUUUUUUCAGUAAAAACACUGAAAAAUGAACAACAUUGUAUGUCAACAGAUCAGUGCCUAUCCAGUUUAGAUGAUUGACAUAUAAUCAAAUUCAGCAUUGGAAUAUGUGACAGCCGAGCACAAUAGCAGAUAAGCAGGGGAGCAGAUAGUGUACUACUGUAAAUAACAUGGGAGCCCAGUGUGUGACACUUUAUCAGGAGGUGAAUUUUUCAACAUUUUUCAACAUUUUUUUUUUUUUUUAGCAACAUACAGUAAAAGGCAGUACUGUAAGUCACACAAUGAUAACAUCACUGUUUAUUUACGGUACAUCCAUAUUGUGGUCAUUAUGACCUUUAAACCUUGGUUAUUUGCUGUUGUUUAUGUGUAAAUCCAUCUUUGGGACUGUUUCACAUCAGUACAGUUUUAACAACGGGUAUGUCAAAAUGUGAAUUAACAAAUGCAAAUGUGUUCACUAGAGGCCUUGUUGAAUGCUGUGGAAUGUCACUGAAAUCAAAUCCAUUCUGGCUUUUUUUAUUUUUCAUCUCAUGAAAGUUUGACAGCCAGUGUUCAGGGUCACAGGGAAUCUAUAUCAAGACACCUUACAACUUUUUGUACCAAAAAAGGGCUGAUGGAAUCAUGGCGGAUAUUUUUGAUAAAGCAAAUGUAUGAAUGACUGUAUGAACGUUCUUGUCAACUGAUAGACUCAUGCAUCGUGCAGUGAGUUCCCACAGUAUCUGAAUACUGAUAUUUUGGUGAUUAUUUGGUUUUUGGCUUUGUGCUCCUAACAGUUUGGACACCAGUUGACGUAUUGGCAACAAAUUUUAUUUACCAGGAAUGGAAAGUCUCAUUUUGAUCCCUGUGUCACAGAUCUGACCUUUUCUUGGUUUUCAGUCUGAUUCUAUGUGAUUUUCCCACAGCCAAUAGAAGAUCAGAUGUGUACCACGACAUGGAGUGUUAGACCUUUCUUGUGGAGACGUGGAGUGAAAAUGUAUCCCUGUCCAAAUAUUUUUUUGAGCUGUCUGACUCUCCUUGCCUUGUAUUGUCCCUUUUACUGUGAAUUUUUUUUCAUAAUAAUGGUGAUUCUUUGUCUUAUUACUGCUUCUGAAAUGACCACUAAAACUGUAAAUAAACUCGGAAUUAUUGACUACAA